GAUUUGAUUUGGUUUCAGUUUAUUGACUAAAACAAAAAUUUGCCUUAUUUUGAUGGCUUUUCCCACAUCGAGUGCACAGCAAGCCGAAACCAACCGCAAAAUACUCGAGGAAAUUCAGACGAAGAAGCAGCUGCUCAUUGGACUCGGCAGCACAACGAAUCAGAUGCCCGCUCCUCAGCUGCUUGGCCAGCCGACAGUAACAGCCGAAUUUACACAAGGCGUAAGCGUUGCGCCGAAUGCUGCAGGCGGCAUCGCCGCUCCUCGCUCCGCCUUCAAUCCGACGAGCUCAACAACGCUAGGCUUCUUUAUACCGCAGGACUCGUACUUCGGCAAUAGUUUUAUACCCGUGCUGCCACGCCUGGAGCCUGUGCCGACGUCAUCAGCACCGAACGUCAAGUAA